ACAAAAAGGCACUAUUAAAUAUAUAUAUAUAUAUAUAUAUAUAUAUUCCUUCCUUCAUCUAGAUGCAACAUUAUAUUAGUUGUAAACCAGUCCACUUUCUUACUACUAGCACUUUUUGAUGUUUUAGAGAGAAAAAAAUGGAGCUUACUCAACAGGAUCUUUUGGAGGAAUUACUAGCUCCAAGGAGAGAAAGUUGGAGCACUUUUCCAAGUGGAGUAAAUGAUUUUUUCCCAAAUGGAUGGACUUUUGAAUCAUCACCUUUUUACCAAAAUCCUGAAUUUGUAGCCUUAAAUUCAUCACUUUUAGGCCUCAUUUCACCGCCUACUACUACAGAAUCAGAUAAUUUUCGUCAGUGUCCUGAUUUCACUUCACCAGAAUCCUAUCCAUUUCUUGAUUCUUCUUUCACCAAAAUUAAUGAUACAGUGUUGCCAGUACUUGAAAUUCAAGAUGAGUACAAUCAAGAAGAAUUUGAUGGGAUUAUUGCUAGUGAUUUUAACGGUUUGCAAGAAGACUUGAAUAGUUUUGGUACUAAUAGUGAUGUUAAAGCUGAAGAAGCAAAUUUAAGAUUAAUGGAUGUUUGUUCUAAUGUGGGAGAAAAGAAGAAUAAAGUUAGGAAGGUUGAAGGGCAGCCUUCAAAGAAUUUAAUGGCAGAGAGGAGGAGAAGAAAGCGACUCAAUGAUCGACUCUCUAUGCUUAGAUCCAUUGUUCCUAAGAUUAGUAAGAUGGACAGAACAUCUAUACUUGGGGACGCAAUUGAUUACAUGAAGGAGCUGUUAGAAAAAAUCCACACAUUGCGUGAAGAUGAUAAUGUAAAAGACGAACUUAAGGAUAUCAAAUUCGGGGGCAACUUCAAGGAGCUAAAGCCAAAUGAGGCACUUGUUAAAAACCCUCCUAAGUUUGAGGUAGAAAGGAGAAAUGUGGACACCAGAAUCGAGAUCUGCUGUGCUGCAAAACCAGGAUUGUUGUUAUCGACAGUGAGCACGUUAGAAGCAGUUGGGCUUGAUGUACAACAAUGUGUUAUCAGCUGUUUUAGUGACUUCUCAUUGCAAGCUUCUUGUUCUGAGGCAAAGGAGCAUCGAACAAUUUUGAGCUGUGAAGACGUAAAGCAAACCUUGUUCAAAACAGCAGGUUAUGGAGGAAGAUGUCUUUAGAAGAUGAUAUAGAGAUAUGGACAAUAAGCCCCACCCAAGGUCAAAGACAUUCUGUCUGUUGUUCAAAAGAAUAUUGCAACUUUUAAUAAUGUCUGUGAUCUUUCUCCAAUGUAGUUUUCUUGAUUCAUUGAUUAGUUCUGCUCUGCUAUAGUAAUUAUUCGAUGGGGUUAAUAUAAUCCGGCUUUCAAUU